AGGAGCUGGGGCACAGUGGAUCAUAUGCAGCAGGUGUGCAGCUCCACUCUCCAGCACAGAGACACAGGAGGACAUCUCUGGAGAGACAAACACUGCAAGAGAACCUGCAGAAACAAGAUGUGGUCUCCAGCAUGACCCGCUCAGGCCGCACAAGAUCCCAGGCCAGAGACCUUGAUACAGCUGCUCAUGGGUCUGAUACAUUCAAGGAGCCUCAGAGACUGCCCAAACCCCAACAACAGGGCAAAGAGACCGCCCGGGCACCAGAGCUACAGCUGGCGGAGGAGAUCCCUGCUCUGGUGAGGAGGAUGGAGGAGCUCAAGCACCUGAAGGGUAUGCUGCACAUGCAGAUUGACUCAGUGUAUAUGCUAAAGGCUGCAAAUCCCCAGUAUAAGACUCUACAUGAUAAGAGACUGUACACACUCAGCAUUGAGCUCGCAGAUAUUGUAAAGGAAAUGGACUGUAUACUGGUAAAGAUGGGGCCACUGGCAGAGACUUAUAAGAACCAGGAACGAUUCUCCAACUACAGGCUAAACUUUGAAGCAGACUCCAAACCUGAUAUAGAACCGGACAUCACCCCGGAGGAGCCCCAGCAAGGGACAAGACCCCUCAUACAGCCGGCACGGUUCUCUUUCCAGGAUGGGGACAUAUGCAAAUAUGGCGAGGAACAACAGCCACAGGAACCUGCAGCUGGGCCUGAGCAGGAGCAGAGACCAACAGAGGCACCACAAGUCCCAGAAGUCCCAGUACAUCAGCAGGACAUUGGACUUUUACCAGUGUAUGAAGGUGAUGGGGUGAUGGAGCAGAGCACUAAUGUUGGGGCACGGACUGGGGGUGUGGAUUGUGAUAAUGUUGGGGCACGGACUGGGGGUGCGGACUGUGAUGUUCCUGAGGGGUCGGUGGCUGGAGGGGGUGCACAAUCUGUGUGGGGUGUUGUGUCUGAUUAUGAUAUAGAGGUGGAUGGGACAGGUGUUAUUGUACAAAAUACUGUGCAGGAUUUCCCCCCUUUACCCACAAGCACAGCAAAUGUGGCAGGGCCCCCUAGAGUAGACCCCAACCCUGUAAGACAGGACACAGGUACCCGCCAGGUUCCUCCUAGAAAUGCCUGGAGCCGUGGUGCUCCAUCCUUCACCUCCAGCGCCAAUUACACUGGCCAGGCAUUUAAAAGGAGGAAUGUGGUGAGAUUCCGGCACAGAGGUGCCAAGGAGGACCUUCCAGAUAGGAGGUUUGUGGUGAGGGAGCUCCUGUGCCACCAGAUGGGGUUUGUGCCAGCGGACAUCUUGGCAGUAAUAAACCUUCCAGAUAGACAGGGCUAUGAUGUCAGCUUUAAGCUCAUGUCUAAUCUGGAUAGGUUCUGGUCCAACUUCCCCAGGUUCAGAGACAAGGCUGGAUGGAGUAAAUUUAGUUUUAUUCCCAUAUCCAAGCCAGAUACCGUCAUCAUCAACAUCAUCUUCUGGAAUGAAUCUGUUCCUCCCCAGGACAUUGUGGUGUGGCUCCGCAGACAUUGUGACCUUGUGUCUGAUCUCACCAAGAACAGAGAUGAUGACGGUAUCUGGACUGGAGGGUGGAAGGUCUUGGUGAAGCUGCGCCAACACGGGAACAUCACCCAACAUCUGCCAAAUUCCUUCUUUAUUGGGAGGGAAAAGGGCGUUUGUUUCUACCCUGGUCAGCCUAGAAAGUGCUUCAAAUGUGGUAAACCUGGCCAUCUGGCAAAUACAUGUACAGUGGUAAAAUGUAAUCUAUGUGGGGAAACUGGUCACCUAAGUGCUGACUGCCAGAACAUCAGGUGCAAUCUCUGUGGUGAGAUCGGUCACCCUCACCGGGACUGUCCCAAUGCCUGGCACAACAUCUGCCGGGAGCUUCCUGAUGAGGACCUUGUGGCGGGGGCAGAGGCUGUAGAGGAGGAGACUUUGAUAUCUGGGUCUAUAUUAACAAGACAGGAGGUCCAGCCAGACUUGGGUAACACCGCACCAACACCUCAGCAGUUAGAAAACACACAAGGUGGCAUGGAGGUUGUCCCACAGGACCAGCAGCAACCGGGGGUAUCCUCUUCUGUAUCCCCAUCUGCAUCUGAGGAAAGUAAGACCCAGAAAAUUAAAAGAAGGAAAAAAGACACCUCAUCCCGCAGGCCAGAGAGAGAGUAUACCACCAGUCAGAAAAAGGUCAACAAUGGGGCAGGAGUAAUGGUCGUGUCCAACAGAUACGAGGUUCUGUCAGAGUCUGACGGUGAUUUAGACACAGAGUUAAAAAGAAUAGAGGACGAAUGUGAUGAUGACACAAGGGACCAACCCCCAAUAAAAAGAAAACCCCAGACUGUAAAAGCUAAUGCAGAGUCAGACAUGGAGACAGGUGGUGGACAGCGGGACUCAGACUCUGACUUGUGAUGAUGGGGAUCAGGUCUCUGCUCUUCUUGUACUAUCUUAUCAUGGCUGGGUUUACUUUAAAACUUGCUUCAAGUAAUGUGAACAGUAUUAAAGUGAAGAGGACACGGCACAUAGUUUAUGACCAUCUUAGAUAUCUGGACAGAGAUGUCAUCUUCUUACAGGAGACGCGCCUGACUACACUGGGGCACCUACGUGAGGCUGAGAGGGAAUGGACGUCUGGUCCCUCUUUCUGGUCACUGGCUGUGGAGCCUUAUGCCGGGGUGGCCAUAUUGUUUACCACCAGGGAUGUGACAAUACAUAGGAUGACAGAGGUCAUCAUGGGAAGGUGUCUGAUCCUUGAGGUCACUAUACGUGGUAGAAGGCUCCGGCUCAUAAAUAUCUAUGGCCCGCAGACAGUGACAGAAAGGGUCCAGUUGUUUAAUGAUGUCAAGCCAUAUCUGUUUACAGCUGUCCCUGUUAUAAUGGCCGGGGAUUUCAAUGUCACUAGGACUUCAGGUGACAGGUCCUCAGGUAGAGCGGUGGCCAGGGACUCAAAAGUCCUUAAUAACAUGAUCUUGCAGUCCGGGUUAAGUGAUGUCUUUACACGGGGCGGUAGAAAGCCAAAAUUUACAUACACAUGUUCUGACAGGAGCAGUAGGAUUGACAUGGCGUUUGUGAGUCCUGCAGAAAUGGUUAGUGAGAUGUGUGAGAAAGUUGUCCCAUAUUCAGAUCAUAUGGCCUUGGUUUUCUGUUUAGGAGCCACUAAGCGCCCAGAUAUUGGUAGGGGGCUAUGGAAGCUCAACUCUAGUAUGUUGGAGGAUGACUAUAUUCAGACAUGUGUUCAUUCCUUCAUGCAGAGUCAGCUAGAGCGGGUGGACUUCUAUGAUGAUAUGGCCGCCUGGUGGGAGGAUGUCAAGGAUGAGAUCAGAACCCUCUUAAAGAGACUGUCCUUUAAAAAGGGGAGGACAGAAUUGACGGUGGCGGAGGUCAAAGAGGCCAUUGAUAAGUUACAUCUGAAGAAGGCACCAGGUCCGGAUGGGAUAACAGCAGAAUUCUAUAAGACAUUCAG